GAACAAUUAGACAGAGAGAGCUGUGCUUGUUUCUUCUGAUAAACAUUUAUAGCUACUCGCAUCCACGGUAUGUAAAUGUUUACCAUAAGAUGUGUUUAAUGCUCAUGGUCAGGAAAGUAUCACUGAACAGCGUUUGCGAAAACGCGCUGACGUUACUGAGAUGAGAAGCUAGAAGUGGAGUUGCAACCACCGAAUUUCUUCGCUUAACUUGCAAAAUGGUCAUGGAGGAGGCAAACAAACUCAUUGGCACAGGGAAGAGACAUCUCGUUAUGGGGGACGUGGUAUCAGCGGUCAACUACCUUCAAGAAGCCUGCGGGAUGUUAGCCAAAAGGUAUGGUGACACUGCAGAUGAGUGUGGGGAGGCUUUCUUCCUGUGUGGUAAAGCUCUCUUGGAGCUUGCCAGGAUGGAGAAUGGUGUCUUGGGGAACGCUCUGACAGGGGUUCCAGAAGAAGAGGAAGGAGAGGAAGAGAAGCCCAAAGACUCCAACAUUGAAAGCACAGACAAUGUUGAUGAGAAGACCAGGGAUGAGCUAAGAGUUCAGGUCUAUGAUGCCAUGGCAGAAGAAGAGAAGAACGGCGAGAAGGCAGAUUCAGAUAAGAACACAGUGGAGGAGACUGGAGGAGGCGAGGAGGGACAGACUGUGAACGGCCGUGUUAACGGUUCUGACACCACGAACGGCGAGGAGAAAGUUAUCGGAGAGAAGGGUGACAAAGCUGAGACUAAAGAGUCAUCAGACAACCCAGAAGAGGAGGAUGGAGAUGUUGAGGAUGGGGAAGAAAAGGAGGACAUACCGGAGGAUAGUGAUGAUGAGGAAGUGGGCAACCUGCAGUUAGCUUGGGAGAUGCUGGAGGUGGCUAAGGUCAUCUACAAAAGGAAAGAGGGUAAGGAGGACCAGCUCCUGGCAGCCCAGGCCCAUCUGAAUCUGGGAGAAGUAGCGGCUGAAUCAGGCAAUUACAGCCAGGCGGUGGAUGACUUCCAGCAGUGCCUGUCCCUGCAGCUGAAGCACCUGGCCUCAGACAGCCGCCUGCUGGCCGAGACUCACUACCAGCUGGGCCUCACCCUCUGCUCUGACUGCCAGUACAGCCAGGCCAUCGAACACUUCAACCACUCUGCUAGGGUUAUCAAGAGCAGACUAGCCAAGCUCCAGGAGGUGCUGGAGAAGGCAGAGGGGCCAGAGGUGGCCCCUGAGGAGAGAAAGGAGAUGGAGGAGCUGAAGGCUCUGCUGCCAGAGAUCCAGGAGAAGGUUGAGGAUGCCACCGUGGGACAGAAAAUAACUGCAGCUGUUGCAGCAGAGGCUGUGAUGCAGGAGACACUGGCAGGUGGUUCAGCGUUUCCAACUCCGAGCGGAAGUUCUCAAAACGAAGGGGCGUCUGCAUCUGUAAUUCAAGUCAGAUCCACAUACGGAAACGCCCCCUCAAAGUCUCCAGCCUCUGACAUCUCACACCUGGUCAGAAAAAAGAGGAAACCAGGAGACAGCCCAGUAAAGGAGAACGACUCUAAAAAGGUUAAACAGGAGACUCAAGUUAACAGCAACAGAGACAACGGUGUCAAAGACAAAAUGGAGGUUGAACGCCAGUGAAGCCCUGGUGACUUUGAUGCCAAUUCCUGAUUGUCAUCACAUCGUCCUACUGCAGAUCAAGUUGUAAAUGUGUCAUGUUCCUAUUGUGUAUCUGUGCUUUUUUUUCUUCAUAUUUGUAAGGUUUUGUACCAGAUCAUUAAAGACUACCUACUUGA